UGAAAGCUACACCCCCGUGUAGCAGCGAGACGAACCAUCCUGUCGAGUCCGCUAGACUUUCAGGGUGGUAUCGCGCGUUCGUCGUGCCAGCUGUCGCGAUACGCCAUGUUUAAUUUACCACGAUCGAAAGCGUAUUUCCGUCGAUCGGUUCGCUCGAUGUUGGUGACAACGCCACCGUUAUCGCGUUAGAUAUAUCGGCAUCGCGCGAGGUGAAUCGAGUUCAUUAGGAAAGAAAGCACGGUAAGGGGGCGGUGAAGAGAAUCGAGAAGAAAGGAAGCGUAGGUUAGGAUGCUACGGCAGCGUAGAAAUGACGUAAGCGAUCGCAAGCGAUCCCUAGCGGUGAAGGGGGUCUGUAUCGGCAUCGAUCGCAGAGUGACCCAUAUCUGGUGGUGACGGGAGUCCCUACCCCUGACUCGGUUUUCCAGCUGCAGCCCUUCUUCUUGCUACCUCCUCUCCCUCUCUUUCUCCCUUUUUCCCUAUCCCUCCAUUCCCACCACGGGGUACCAACCCCCACCGGAAUCGGUGUCUAACCCCCACCAGCUCGCCCCUUUCUCCGGUGGCCGAGGGAAUAUUCCUCCUCCCCCGUUUUCCAGCAGCCCUGCCGCCUGCCUUCCACGGUCGAGCAGAUCUUGGGGCUUGUACGGGAUGAUAGCCGAGUGAAAAAGCUCGCAAGUCCCGUGACGUUCGGCUCAUCAGCAGCAGCAGCCCUGGCCUGCCACAAUCGCUUCGACUCGGUCAUCGUAAGUGUCGUUCGUCCCGUGGCAAACGAAAGAAAAGAAAAGAACCGAAAGGAAAAAGAGAGCGUGAACGUAGCCGAACGAGAGAUUGUUGCUGUGGUGUUGGAGGUGGCGCUUCCACGGCACCUCAGGCUCCGCAGCUGCAGGAUACCGGAUCUGCUGUCGGGAUUACCACCUCCACGAAAGCCACCAUCAUGCAGGACCCGGUUCUCGAAUCCAUACGCGAGCAAAUGCGUGAAACGGAAGCUCGAAAGGCGGAUUUGGAGAGACAGCAUGCAGAGGCACAGAACCAGCUACGCGAAAAGAUAGCAGGACGCUAUCAAGGUCCCGAGUCGGUCGAGGCACUACAAUCGAAGAUAAGAGAACUUGAAAAGAAAACGGAGCUACAAAUAGUCAGACACGAGGAAUUGUCCUUGGAGCUAACGAGUCUGAGACGUGCUCGAAGCAGAGGGCCGAUGGUAGGUCAUCACUCGGCGGUUCCGACUACUUGGCCACCGGCUGGUACCGAACUCGAUAGAAUAAUAGCGGAGAUGGAACAAGAUAAUAGCGCUAGUAGGAUGUUGCACGAUUUGGACCAUUCCCGGAGCACCAUCACCACGCAACAACCCUCGGUUACGCAGGGCAUUCUGCGAUCCAGCUCGGAAAAUCUUCCAAAUCUUGGCCAGCAUCAGCACCCACCCCAUCCGCAUGCUUUGAGCUUGGGAAUGCCAUCGCAGUUGGGCCACUACGCAGGUUCACCGAUGCCCCUGACGCCAAUGAUGCCCGGAUGUCCGCCGUUGACGCCGAACGGGCCUCCGUAUCACUAUAGCGAACCAAUUCCGCCAGCCCCGUCGCUCUCCACCAGUCAAUCGCAGCCCGUUUUCCAACAAAAGAUGCAGUCGUAUCAGCAAUCCCAGCAAACUCACACCGAUUUGCCAAGUUCCCAUUCUCAGAGUGCUCUGCCGACGCAGCAGAAGCAACAACAAGCGCACACCCAUUUCGCGAGUAAUCAGUACCAGGAGAGUUAUCCGCAUACGCAAACCUAUCAGCAGCCGCUCCAGCAGCAACAACAACAGCAGCAGCAUCCGGCCUCUACAACGUACCUGACGUCGUCGAGUCAAAGCGUAAUACCUCAUUACACGCAGCCCACUCAGACCGCCCAAACUUAUCAGCUCAACGGAAGUCAGCAGGCAACGACUUAUCCAAGCUUAUCGAUAACAUCCCACCCAAACGGAACCUACAGCACAGGGGCGAGUACCUUCAACACCCAGUUGUCGCAUCACAAUUUCUCGGUUCCACAGACGAGCAUUCCGCAAACCACGUUGUCGUCCCUGCCGCCCUACUCGACGAGCUCCUUCCAUUCCACCCUGGGCGCGCUCACCAGCGUGCCCCAAACCGUUCUUCCCUACUCGAGUGUACAGAGCACCUUUGCCACUAGCGGAUCGACUUACUCUACCGUCGGGACCAAUGCUUUUGGCACGUCUGGCGUCAACUCAGGUACCACUUCGACAGGCUUGCUGCAAGCGAUAAGCGAUCCCCUCCAAGCGAUGCAGCAACUUUCUGCCCAGUCCCAAGCCAACCAGCUUCAGCAGCAGGCGAUCAUUCAGCAGAUUCAGCAAAGUUUGCGCGCCAGUUCGCCAACCGCGACCACGACGGGCCACCACUAUCUCGGCCCGCGACAAAUGCCAAAGAUACCCAGCAGUAUACUAUCGAAUCCCUUGGAUCGACUGACCAAUGACAAUACCGUAACCGAGGGCCAAGUGGACAUGCUGGAUAUACCCGGCAAGGGCAGGUGUUACGUUUACAUAGCUCGUUUCACUUACGAGCCGUUCCAGCACUCGCCCAACGAGAAUCCGGAAGCGGAACUGCCCGUCCAAGGUGGCGAUUACCUUCUCGUUUGGGGACAACCGGACACCGACGGUUACCUCGACGCGGAAUCGCUCGAUGGCAGACGAGGCCUCGUCCCGGCUAAUUUCGUCCAGAAAUUAGUCGGCGACGAUCUGCUGGAGUUCCAUCAAGCCGUGCUGGGUCUCAGAGACGUCGACGAUUCCGCAUCCACCAAUAUCCCCCAAGUGAGCAAUUGCUUCCUGCAGGAUUUCGAUCUCGAGUUGGCAGCUCUGGAGGAAGGCAACAGAAAUCGACAGGCCGAGCUGUCGGCGUACGCGGAACUGGAGAACAUAGCCGAGGAAGACGAACAGGAACCACCAGAAGUCUACCUGUUUUCGGACCUAGUUCCGGCGCCGCAGCAUCUCACUCUCGAACGGCAGCUGAACAAGAGCGUCCUAAUCGGCUGGACGCCGCCCGAAAAUACGCACCAGCUCGAGUCCUAUCACGUCUACGUGGAUGGGGUGUUGAAGGUCACCGUGAAAGCGACCGAGAGAACUAGAGCGUUGGUCGAGGGUGUCGAUUCCACAAGGCCGCACAGAAUAAGCGUACGUUCGGUGACACACUCGAGACGAACGUCCCGCGACGCCGCUUGUACGAUGGUGAUCGGUAAAGACGUCGCCCUGGGUCCAACCGCCGUCAAGGCGUCGAACGUAACCGCCACCAGCGCUGUCAUAUCGUGGCUGCCGAGCAACAGCAAUCACCAGCACGUCGUUUGCGUGAACAACGUCGAGGUCAGAACGGUGAAGCCUGGCGUGUACAGGCACACCAUCACAGGCUUAGCGCCCUCGACGAUCUACAGGGUGACAGUGAAGGCGAAGAAUCUGAGAGCGACGCACUUCGAGGACCAAAAUACUCAAGCGGCGAACAAUUCAGCUUGUCACGUCCACUUCAAAACGUUACCCAAGGGACUACCCGAUCCUCCGGUCGAUAUCCAGGUGGAGGCUGGACCGCAGGACGGCACUUUGCUAGUGACCUGGCAGCCUGUUGCCCUAAACGGUUCGGCCGUCACCGGUUACGCGGUGUACGCCGAUGGGAAAAAAGUCACCGACGUAGACAGCCCAACCGGUGACCAUGCUCUGGUCGACAUCCAUAAACUGAUGGGUUUGAAUCCGAAGCAUAUCACGGUCAGGACCAAGAGCAGGGAGAGCCAGUCGGGGGACAGUUGCGCCACCGCCAUUCCUUGCAGCGUUCUGCGCGGCGGGCCCGCGGCCCACUUGCAGCACGGGUCCGUGCACAUGCAAGAUCAAGGACAACAGCAACAGCCAGGCGUGGGACAGCCCGACGAUCCUAACAGGCUGCGGAUGGCAGGCGUGAGCCAGAGAUACCCGACGAUCCCUGUGCCCUCUCACAUGAGGAGACACGCUAGCACUCGGGUCGAUGCUCACGGUCAAGUCAUCAUCGAAACCGACGAGAAUUUGUCCGAUAAAGAAAUCUAUCCUGGACAGAGCAUGUCCCAGAUGGGAGUUCCAGAAAUCACCAAGGACUCGGCGAGCGAAGCGAACUACAGCGAGGAGGACGAUCCGUCGCGCAGGAGAGGCGCGCCCCUUCACCACGGCGGUCAUCCGAGGUACGGGCCCCAAAUGGGACAACAGGGACUCCCAGGCACGCACAGAUCCGGAAGGAUCACGGGACCUGGCGGCAGGCCUCAGGAUCCCUACUACGAGCAACCAGGAAACCAAAGAGGCAGAGGUCCCGGGUAUCGCGGCGGACGUGGAAUGCAAGCUCAAGGUGGUGCUGGUCAUCCGUCGAGCAGCGCCCAGCAAAUGAACAAGAGGACACGGUGGUUCAUGGCCCUGUUCAAUUACGAUCCCAAGAUCAUGUCGCCGAAUCCGGGCGCCUGCGAAGAGGAACUGCCCUUCUCCGAGGGCGACAUCAUCAAGGUGUACGGCGAGAAAGACGCGGACGGAUUUUAUUGGGGAGAGUGCCGCGGCAGGCGGGGUUACGUGCCAUUCAACAUGGUAGAAGAGAUCAAGGAUCCUAAUCAACCGGGACAGGGUCAGCCAGAUAGGAGAGGUAGAUGGGGAGACAUUUACGCUAGCAUGCCGCUGAAGAAGAUGAUAGCCCUCUACGACUACGAUCCGAACAAAUUGUCGCCCAACGUUGAUUCCCAAGUGGAGCUGGCGUUCCAAACCGGAAACGAGAUUUACGUGUACGGCGACCUGGACGACGACGGAUUCUAUAUGGGUGAACUGAACGGUGUACGUGGUUUAGUACCGAGCAACUUCCUGACCGAAGCGCCCGAUCAGCCAGCGCAAGGACAACUUCCACCGGGUAGCAGAAGGCCGCCCAGUCAGAGCCAAGGACCUGGGGCGAGGGGACCGCCACCUCCGCCACGGGAACCUCCACCUCCCGGUCAUCGACGAGGCAAAGAUGCCUGCAUUGUGCCUGUGUCUGUCCCUGUCUGUCACUUAGACUCUAGACAACAACAACAACAACAACAACAAGUACAACAACAACAACAACAACAACCAUCACUAAUGAACAACCAACAACAUCAACUCCAACAUCAACAAAACAAUCCACCGCAUCUAGCGUACCAACAAGCGAAUCACCACAGCUACACGACUGUAACCACGUCCAAUCAGCAUGGGCCCACUCCCAUGGGUGCCCAUCAGCAAGGUCCCGUACCACUCCACCUUCAACAGCAGGGGAAGGGGAGGGGAGGCGCGAUCAAUCGUGGCAGUAACGUGCCUGGAGGUAUGCAAGGUCCGGGACAGCACAUGCAACAACAACAGGACUACCAGCAACAAAAUCAACCGUACCAACAGCAGCAGCCGAAUCAGCAGAACCAGAGCUACCAGCAGCAACAGAAUCAAGGGUACCAACAGCAGGGCACUGGAUUCGGUCCUCAAGGACAGCAGUUCCAGCAGCAACAACCCCAACAGCAACAGCAACAGCAGAAUCAACCGUAUCAGCAGCAGAACCAGGGCGCGCCUAUGCAGGGUAGUCAGAGCACCAGCAAGCCGAUGAGGGGGAUACCCACCGUCUUGCCAACCGCUCAGUCCAAGACGCAACCGAACGCCGGCCAGGGCCAACAGCAACAGCAACCGCAGCAGCAGCAAAGCACAGGGCCGAACCUGAUGCAAAAAUUCACGGAAAUGGCCGGUGCGAGCGCCGGCGGCGACAUCCUCUCGAAAGGGAAGGAACUGAUCUUCAUGAAGUUUGGCCUCGGCAAGUGAGCUAUUACCCUGCCCGUGUCGCUCGCUCCGCUUCCUCUCCACUUCUGUCCUAACGAUUUCCCGCGGACGCUUCGCGUCCUUCACGAGGGAUCACUUUCUAAAUCAGUAUUACGGAGAAUUAGUUGCGGAGAGCAAGCGAGACGCGCAGGCAGGAACGUACGAAUGCGUCUCGUCCGAUCAGGUCUACGCGAUCAGGUCUACUAUCCCUGAACCCGACACGAUACGAUACGACACGACACGACACGAUACGAUACGAUACGACAGGAUACGGAUAACGUACGAUGUAAAUGUGUGCUGCCAUUGCUGCUGCUGCUGCUGUUGCUGCCGCUACGACUGUUACUAUUUCGCAACCACUGCUGGAUCCAUGGUUCGAUCGAAAAAUGAAAAAAAAAAGAGAGAAAGUUGUGCUGGUACGCGCGUGGAGCGAUAAAGUUUAUAUCUUCCCCCGUUGUUUCUACCUCGAGUUUACGAGGCUAAGGAGAGGCUUGCCUCUCCUAUCAGGCAAGAAGGAAAGGAAUGUUCGCUGGCGUCCUUUAACGAUAUCCCUCGCGAGAAAACAAAUAAAUAAAUAAAUAAUCACCGUGAAAGUAUACUAGAGAGCUGAAGAGAAUGCCCCUGGAUGGAAUUCAAUGAUUUAGCGGUCGGAACUUUUUUGGUAGACGGUUACCUCGCCAUUGGUCGGGAUUUCGUAUCCGGUGAACCGAUGAUUGAUAGCGUCGCCAUCGUGGAACCUCGCUAUUCGCGGACAUCAAUCAGGAGUGUUCUUUUGUAGCUCCUUGCAGUAGUCGGAUUCGACGUUAGAGUCGCGCGGGUGACGACUCUUCGCUCGAUAUCAAACACGAGGUAAAUAACGAACGACCUCCGAUAAAUUCUUUUCGAUCGCCUUUACCAUCAUCGUCAUUGUCAUUAUCGUCUUAUUCUCCUCCUUCUUCUUCUUCUUCUUCUUCUUCUUCUUCUUCUUCUUCUUCUUCUUCUUCUUCUUCUUCUUGUUCUUCUCGUUCUUCUUCUUCACGCAAUAGAGUCCUUUUUCUGGGUGUCACGUCGCCGAUCAAGGGAGCACGUACACACGAGUAGCCGAAUAGGUCUUUCGUCAUUUUUCUAGAGGGAAGUAUCCAAUGUUCCUUUUCCUUGCGCCAUUUCAAUACGCAGACUUCAAAGACGAAGUUUCCAGGAGCUAAAGCACAAUAUAUCUAAUGUUAAAAUCGUAAAAUUUCCUUCGGUUCGGUGAGUCAUCCUUAAAGCUAGUACUUUUAAUGAAUUAAUUUUAGUAAAUUUUACUUAUUAAACCAUUGCCUCGGUAGCAGAGACCUUAUGAGAAUCUAGAGUUUAACAAAGUAGCCAUUAAAAAGAUACUUAUCUCCGUUCGCCUACUCGUGCGCAGGUGCCCGCUUGAGACCCUGAAAUUCAAACGAAAAUUUAGUCAGUUGGUGAAAGUAUCGGAACGUAAACGCGGAUCGAGCAGGUACUACCCGCCAUUGGAACUUCGAGAAAUAAAUACGCCGCUGCGAACGACUCUUGAUUUGUGGCCGAGAAACACAGACAAAUUCAACGAUUUGUUCGACGAUAAAAAUAUUAAAUGUAUAGUAUCGUUUAACCGACAAGCGUAUGGUAAUAAAUAAUCGUGGCUGGUACGUAACGUAUCGACGCCUGCUCAACGAUACGAGUAAUCGAAUAUCGGCGCAUAAUCAGGCUACCGUACACGAGAAUCACCUACCGAUAUAUAGCUCGUUGGAGAAAUCCCUUUCAUACGUGGGCGUGCCUUAUGAAAAUUUUUCAUCCAGGAACAGCAAUCAUAUCUUUGACUUCGACUGAUUCGACGGAACUGUCGGUUGAUAUCGCGUAACGAAGGAAAUUUUGUAUAAAGGCAACCGAGACGAGAUCGACUCGAAUCGAUGAGAAUUCGUUACAUGCAAGAGACGUCGAUGUUUAUCCGAUACUCUCUAAUCGAAUCACCAGUCACCUAGGUACGAAGAGAAAACGAAGUAAUAUUAAUUUCAGAACUUUAACGAGGUUUCUUCUAAUUGUAGCGGGAGACGACGAAGGUUUAUCGAUUUGGCCGACAGAUUGAAUUUCGCGUAAAAUGCGAACAUCGAAACGCGACACAAGCGCGGAAACACAUCGGUUCCGCACCUCUGGCGCGUUUCAUCUUUCUCCCUCCGUCUUUCUUUGCCUGAUGCGUUUCAUUUCAGAAACGUGCAGCCUUUGCGUUCGAUCGUUAGCCGAGAGAAAUCGUUAGGCGAAGGGAAACGCUCUACCGCAGUGAUCCUUAACCACCCCUGACGCGAUCGAUCGGGGAAGUUUUUAUUUGUUAUAAUUUUCGAGACGGUCGUUACCUCGAAACGAUCGUCGGUUCGACUAUAAAUAUGUUUCAAGCCUUUCGAGCCUGUAUCGAUUUGUGUCGUCGUCGGUAGAACGUGGCGAACAGCAUGCAUGAAUUUAAAAAUCUUUUUUCUGUUCUUCGUUUUAGAUUGAUGUUUGCCCUUUGCCGCGUUCUAGCGAGGAGCAGCCAAACAGUAUUACGAUUCUGACGUUUAGAGAUUAAGAACAUUGUUAAGAAGUGUUAAGAACCACUGCUCUAGAUAAACGCGACGGAAACGAACCCGAAUGGAUAAGGCGAAGACCAGAUGGAAAAACGAGAGAAACGAUUACGAAUGAAACUAAAUAUUUUGCAUGACGAAAGCCAAACGAUAACCGACGACACUAUACACGCUGAAACGAUGUGCGAACAGCCGAGAGGGUUAACAAACGAACGAUUCGUGGAUCAAGUUGAGCUACGUCGUGGAUAUAAAUAAAUAAUUUAACUAAUUGAUUAAUCGAUAUCGCUCCGAGGUGAAAAAAGGGGCACGAAUUCGAUCGACGAAAGAAAAUGUUAUGGGGUUGGGUGUGGGGGAGGGGGUACUUGAGAGAUCAUAGGAUACGUAUGUUACGGUAAUGAAAAAUAUACAUAUAUAUGCAUACGCAAAUAUACAUAUACAUGUGUGUAUAUAUAUAUACGUACACAGACACAGAUACGUGCAUAUACAAAGACACACAGAGCCAAGUACGCAAAUACACGUACAUACACACGUACACACAUUAUAUUUAACUAUUGCAAAGUGUUGUUACAUCGCUACUUGUAUCGUAUUUUGUACAAAGUAUCCUUACCUUCAACUGUUCUUUUUCUUUCGCCGUGAUAUAUAUAUAUAUAUAUAUAUAAUAUAAAGGGAUAAAAAAAAAAAGAAAUAAAGAAUUCCUUAACGAGGCGGAGGAAGGGCGACGAAUUUCAAAGUCACGUUCGCUAGAAAUCAUUAUGGAAAUCAUAACCGGACUCGUCAUAGUUGUUAUUUAAUAUUGACGGUAUAGCUGUGUCUGUCUGUUGCGAGCGAUAGUUGCCUCUUGCCUGUUCCGUGCUAAUCGAAUUAUCAACGGAUGCGGCGACAAGCGACCAAGACGGAGUAUGCGAUUUACGAGUUGUUCGACAGGGUUUGUCGACAGAGACGGGCAAGAUUCUUAUCUAGACUUUUCUAGACGAAAAUGUUGUCACCUUUUCUUAAACAUUUCCAUGCACGACGAGUUUCCUUCCUUUCAAUAUAUUACGAGACAGUGAAUUGUUUGAUAAAAAGAAAAAAGAAAACCGAGCAUGUUACUCGACGCUUUACAUCGAUCCUGUCCGUUAAAAUUUUGCCCAUCUCUGGUUGUCGAACACGCGGGCCAACGAAGGAUCCGUUCAACGGGCCACCAUCGCGAUCCGCCUGACAUUUCUUGCGAUAUCUGUUUUCAUUUGUCGUAAAUCUAAUCGAGAAACGUGGAAACGUUCGUUCAUCUGCCUUAAAAUACAAUCCUACUUUAAACGUUACCAUUCGUUUGGAAAUUUCAAUUGAUCAAUUACGUUACAAUCCUCGAUCGCGAAACGCAAGGAUGAAGGAUUUAAGCGAAAUCCGUUCAAAUCCAUUAAGACUUAGCUCGAUCGAUUCUUUAUGGCUUCGUUUUAUACUUGAAUGGGGCCGCAGCCUUUGAAAUUUAAGAAAGUAUAAGCUUAAUUUCCUUCGACUGCAGAAGCGUCGCUUGAACAAAUGCAAGAGUGGGUGGAGAGGAGUAGGGGGGGGGGGGGGAUAAAACAUUGUUGAAAGUUAAUCUUUUGCACUGUUUUCCUUCGUGUUUCGACGUAAACUACGUUCCCGACUAGUAUAAUGACUGGGCUCCGGAUUUUAUGCAUUUAAAAACAUACGAAAAAUAUACGCAGUGUAUGUGAAAUAUAAAUUUUACAAUUAAUAUAUUAUAUUAUAUAAUAUUAAGACAACAUGGUCUUACUUAUCGCAUAUUUAUUUAGAUUAAAUAAAUAUAUAUAUAUAUAUAUACAUUAUAUAAUUAUAUAAUAUAAUAUAUUAUAUAUCAUAGUUAUAUCGUUUUGCAUAAGUGCACGUAGCUUUCAGUUAUGUCUCCGCGUGUAUUUAUUAUAUUAGUUAAUGUUGGAAAUGCAUAAAAUCCGCGGUCUAACGAUGACAUACCUCGCCACUUUCCCAAAACAGUCGGACGACUCGAAAGACACUCUCACCCUUUCGCUGGUACCUCGUCGGUUUUUGUUGAUCUCUUGUUAGUCUAUUUUUACAAUGGUCCCAUCUUGGAGCAAGAGUUUUGCCUAAUCGUAGCAGUACUACGGUCGAAGAGAAAUCCUUUGAUUUGCGGAUAACCGUAUCGGCGAGUCUCGUUUAUUGCAAAAAUCGUCCAUGGUAAAUUGCGCGACGUUCAUCGAGCGAGAAUCACUGCACAGGUAUAUAUCUAUACUCCCAUCCAUAAGUCACUGGACACUAAGUAAAUGCAUAAAAAAAAUUUUAAAAAGUACUGACGUUACGUAAUAAAACAACUAACAGCUUAUUAAUGCGUUACAUUAUAGAGGAAAUCGUACUUAUCGUAUGUUAAGAAUCGAACCAAAAAGUUAGCGAAUAAUCUUACAAUCUUACAUAUCCUUCCGAUCGACGUAUCCACCUCGUUUCGAAAGCGUUCUCUCGAAUUAAUCGCGACAAUCCGUCGAUUAAUUUCACUUCGAUCUUCCGGGCUAAUUUCGUUCCAGUCUCCCUGUAAUAUUUACCGCGAGUCUUUCUUUCAUUUUAGACACGUUUAUCACGAAUAAUCACUGGCGCGUACGAUCUUACGUAUCCCGUAUUUAUUUAGAUCAAAAUAUAUCUAUAUAUACGCAUUAUGAAUUUUACUGUAACAUAAUAACUUAAAAUAAGUACAUAUAUCGAAAUAAGGUAGUAGGAUUGCUUCAGAGAAUCGUAGCCGUUUACCAAUUUGCAUUUUCCAAAACCGGACGAGCAAGUGUCCGAUGACUUAUGAAGGGCAGUGUACGUAUUCGCACCAGUGGCGGGCAGAAUUUUAAUUCGAACGACAGACGACGAAUAAAAGCUCUGAAUAACGAUUUAUUCGCAACGUUUACUCCCAUUGUACAGUUAUUCAGAUUUUAUUCGUUCGAUUCGUUUCAUUCGUUAUCAUUUAUUCGUUAUCGAACUCUCGUUAUUGUCCAGACGAGAAUUUUGCCCACCUCCGGUGCGAAUGUACCACGACUACGGACCAAAGCACGCUUUUUCGAAAGAUCGAUUAAAAACCUAAGACAAAUCCUUUCGUUUUAUUUCCGUUCCGGCGCGUCCCUCGAAUAAUUCCCAAAAUUAAAGGGCGCGUCGAAUUCUAGGAUCGAGAGAUUAGGUCAUUUUUGGGAUUUCUUUUCAGGGACUCGACGUAUUUAGGGAGGGUCCAUAGUGUUUCGUAGCUGAACAAAAAAAAAAAAAGAAAAAUAUUUUCUCCGGAUCUCUUCUGUGAAACGUGGAUCGAGUCGAAGUCUCGAGGUCGUUUUCUCAAUGAAAAAGAGGGAUCUUCCGUCUCUUCGUUACGGUGGGACCAGUGUUGGGCAAAUUGUCCGUCGCGAAACGGGUAAUCGGAUUAGCUUCGUAAGAUUACUUGGAUCGCGUGGAUAACUGCGAACCGAUCGUUGCAAACGUAAUCGGUGCCCAACUCUGGAUAGGACCUGUUGCGCAAACCCUCGCGAAUGAACCCGCGAUCGGUGCGGGAACCGACUGCGAACCCGCGCCGUGAACAUAUCUAACUCUUAGACGAUGAUCCAAACGAUUAAAAGAGGGCGGGGGAGGGCGAAAAAAGUUAACACAAAAUAAAAAAAAUUGAAAAAAAGACUGACGCGACAAUUAAGAUCUACAGACGUUUAACACGUUCGCUACCAAGGCCGCUCUGGCGUGGAUCGAGCGGCGAGCAAGGGCGGGCGAAAUUAAACGAGAGGAGCAAACAAUUAUACGUUUUUGAUAAGAAUAACCGAGGAUGCAAGCGGGAGAAAUUGUUCGUUGAGGAUAGUGAAGAAAAGAGCGAAGGGAGGACUAGUAGCUUGUACAUUAAAACUUCGUUCCGAAUGGUAGUGAAUGUGUUAACUAAUGUUACUUAGCGAAUCUCUAGCUUUUAUUUUCCGUCUUUUCGAUAAUUGCGUUCCCGUUUCUUUCCACCUUGAUCGCGAGCCAUCGAGUUUCGAAUGGGUAUCCCUCGCGAACGAACCUAUUAGUCGCAUCGAGUACGCACGAGGGAUCACCUAGAGCAAGUUACGACACGAACCCUUCAUCUAUUAUCGUUAGAUGUUAGAUAUCGUAAGAAAAACGCAAGUAGUCUUGACGAAGAAGAUAAAAAAAAUAAAUAAAUAAAUAAAUAAAUGAAAACCAAAAAGUAAAAGCCACGAGGGAAACACCGGUUUCGAUGCCCUCGCGUAUCGAGAGCUGAUUUCCUGUCUCUUCUCUUCGUGAUCAGACCAAAACCUUAGAAGGUAAUAGCUUUAACGACACAACAGGAACAAUAAGCUGACGCAAUGCAACGGUCGAACACGAUUACAGAACUAACCGAUAUAAUAUACACUUAGUCGAAUCUUUUUAUUUGAACGUUUACCUACAGGCGGAGACAUAAAACGCACGGACUGUGUAAAGCGAGGCGAUUGAAGAAAUAAAUAAAUAAAUAAAUAAAUAAAUAAAUAAAUGAAAAUAAAAAUGAAAACAAGCUCAGGCUGACUGUCAACCAAACGAACAAACAUGUAAAGACGAAAAGAUGUUUGGGGAAAAGCUGAUAUAUGUGAAACGAGGAAAAAAUCGACUUCUCUUAAAGUAUCUCGAAAAAUCGUUUGUCGGCGCUCAUUUUUCUCUAGUAUUUCACUUGUACAUUGUCAUUGUUAUGAAUUAUAGUCGUUGAACGGAUUCGUAUAAAAAAAAAAAAAAAAAAGUCUUUUUGAUAAUCGCGACACGCUGAUACAAGGUGAAUCGCAAACGUAAGCCGUGCCCGAGAAUUUACGCGUACGUGUAUAUCCUAAAUCGUGAGAACGAUGGUCGAUCGUCGAUCACUCGCUCGACAAAAAAACGAAAAAAUAAAAGAAAACGAACAAAAAAAAAAAACUGAAACAAACUGUUGGGUCUGGAACGCGUGAAAAAAUUGUCUGUCAUUCGACGAGCAGAAAAUAAUCAGUGUUGAUCAUCUAAAAGUAAAAAGAAAAAACAAACAAAAAAAAAAA